AUGAAGUUUACGAUGCAGCGAUCUGCCUUGGCCCUUGCGCUUCUCGGAGCGUCUGCUGGCGCUAUCAAGGUUGACUUCACCAGCGAUGAUUCAAUCAAAGCUGGUGCGAGCACAAUUGCGUAUGGGCUUGUCAAGUACUAUAACGGCAAUGAGACGGGCCAGGUCCCAGGCACUCUCCCACAGCCGUAUUACUGGUGGGAAACGGGCGCUGUGUUUACAACCUUGAUCGAUUACUGGGCCCAGACUGGCGACAACACUUACAAUGCCUUGACGUCCCAGGGCCUGCUAUUCCAGGUGGGCCAGGGCAACGACUUUCUCCCGGCGAACGAGACGCUCUCUGAAGCCAACGAUGACCAAGGAGUGUGGGCUUUGGCCGCCUUGGCCGCCGCUGAGAAUGGCCUGGCCGGCAGCCAGCCGAGCUGGCAAGAGCUGGCCAAGAACGUGUUCAACGAAUUUGUUGCGCGAUGGGACCCCAAAUGUGGUGGUGGUCUUCGAUGGCAAAUUGCCGCAGUCAACGCGGGCUACAACUACAAAAACUCGGCCGCCAACGGCGUCUUCUUUGAUCUCGCAGCCAGGCUGUUCCAGCAGACGAAUAACAACACGUACUCUCAAUGGGCGACCAAGGUCUUCGAAUGGGAGCAGAAAGCCGGCCUCAUUUCGGACUCGUAUCAGGUAUUCGACGGCGUCAUGGUGGAAUCCUGCAGCAAGGUGGACAAGAUGCAAACCAGCAUGAGCACGGCGCUCUUCCUGGACGGCAGUGCGGUCAUGUACAAUGCCACGUCGUCGUCGGACUGGAAGACGCGAGUGGAUGGACUGGUCAAGGACGUGCAGGCAACCUUUGUCAAGGACGGCGUUCUGUACGAGUCUGCGUGUGAGGGGGAGGCGCUGUGCACUGUUGACCAGCAAAGCUUCAAGAGCUUCCUCAUUCGAUCACUCAAGGCCACGACGCAGCAGGCUCCCUACACGGCUGCUACUAUCCAGCCCCUGCUCCAGUCGACUGCACAGGCUGCUGCCCAUAGCUGCAGCGGAUCGGUUGACAAGAAGGAAUUUGCGGGACAACCUGGAACUGCUUGUGGCUUCUCCUGGGUUGGAAACGCCGCCUUUGAUGGAAAGGCCGGGGUUGGAGAGCAGAUGAAUGCCCUCUCUGCCCUGACGGCGCUGCUUUCCAAGGCCCCCAGGAGCCAGAUAUUCCCCAGCAACUCCAGCAACUCGACGAGCUCUGCUGGCCCGACCCAGCCCAGCAAGACGUCUGGAUCGGGCACCCCUUCCGUCAGCCCGAAGAGCCCUGGCAACAAAGUUGCUGCGAACCUCCUGACGGCAUUGGCUGUAUUUGGUGGCGUUGCGUAUGGACUUUGCUAA